GCAUUGGCGUGCUGUAACCAUAGAGAUUCACGAAUCCCACCCACCACGACCAGCAGCCCAUCGGUGAUCUCUGAUUGGUCGUUCAUGUAGCGCUCGACCUUUGCCCUAUGACCUGUCGAUGCUGGUUGUUUCCUGUUCACUGGCCUGGUUGCAGUCCGCGAGUCAGUGGCAAAGAAGAGGAGGGAGUAGGAGGGAUUAACGCUGCAGGCAAAGGGGGAGCAGCUGUAUGGAGGUGGAGGAAGUAUGAGCCAGUAUAUAUCGUAGUACGUCAGCCUUGACAAAACCAUAUCCGUGGUGUAGUUAUUAUUUAUUGAAUUAUUCUAUCGCCUGACCGGUCAGGGAGCCCAGGAGAGAAACAAUGAGAAGGAAAUCUAGAAUCCUGCUGUGCUUCGCUUUCCUCUGGCUACUUGGCAUUGCCUAUUACGUGUACUCUGGAACCAAUGGGAGCAGCCGGAAGGAAGACUGGAAUGAAAUUAAUCCAGUUAAAAAAAGAGAUCCUCACAAUACCAAUGGUGAAGAACAGAAUCUAGAGACUCUGCCUCCAGGAAAAGUAAGAUGGCAAGACUUUGAUCAAGAUGCUUACGUUGGAGCUACUGUAGUACGACCUGGCCAGGAUGCCUAUGCACGUAACAAGUUUAACCAAGUUGAAAGUGAUAAACUCCUGAUGGACAGAAGUGUUCCUGACACGAGACAUGAACAAUGUCGGAAAAAAACGUGGAGAGUUGAUUUACCAGCAACCAGUGUUGUUAUCACAUUUCAUAAUGAAGCCAGGUCUGCCUUACUCCGCACAGUAAUCAGUGUAUUAAAAAAAAGCCCAGUGCACCUUGUCAAGGAAAUUAUUCUGGUUGAUGACUACAGUGAUAGUGCUGAAGAUGGGGCUCUGCUUGAAAGGAUUGAAAAAGUACGUGUACUUAGAAAUGAUCGACGAGAAGGUCUUAUGCGUUCUCGUGUAAAGGGUGCAGAUGCAGCACAAUCUAAAGUUCUUACGUUUUUGGACAGCCAUUGUGAAUGUAAUGAACACUGGUUGGAACCUCUACUAGAAAGGGUUGCAGAGGAUAAGGCUAGAGUUGUGUCUCCUAUUAUUGAUGUCAUUAACAUGGACAAUUUCCAGUAUGUUGGAGCAUCAGCUGAUUUAAAAGGCGGUUUUGACUGGAAUUUGGUUUUUAAGUGGGACUAUAUGACACCAGAACAAAGAAGGACUAGACAAGGGAAUCCAGUAGCUCCAAUUAAAACUCCAAUGAUUGCAGGGGGACUGUUCGUGAUGGAUAAAUCCUACUUUGAAGAAUUAGGAAAGUACGAUAUGAUGAUGGAUGUUUGGGGUGGUGAAAAUUUGGAAAUCUCAUUCCGUGUAUGGCAGUGCGGUGGAAGCCUUGAAAUUAUCCCUUGCAGUAGGGUAGGCCAUGUGUUUCGAAAGCAGCAUCCAUAUACAUUCCCUGGUGGCAGUGGAACUGUAUUUGCCAGAAAUACACGAAGGGCUGCAGAGGUUUGGAUGGAUGAUUAUAAGAAUUUCUACUAUGCAGCAGUACCUUCUGCAAGAAAUGUACCUUAUGGAAACAUUCAGAGCCGCUUAGAGUUGAAAAAAAAUCUGGGAUGCAAACCUUUCAAGUGGUAUUUAGAAAAUGUUUAUCCGGAACUGAGGGUUCCUGAUCACCAAGAUAUUGCUUUUGGGGCUUUGCAACAAGGCACAAACUGUCUGGACACAUUAGGCCAUUUUGCAGAUGGAGUAGUUGGGGUUUAUGAAUGUCACAAUGCCGGAGGGAAUCAGGAAUGGGCUCUAACCAAGGAUAAAUCUGUGAAACACAUGGAUCUUUGCCUUACUGUUGUAGACAGAGUACCUGGUUCCCUUAUAAAGCUUCAGGGCUGUAGAGAAAAUGACAGCAGACAGAAAUGGGAACAAAUUGAAAAUAACUCCAAACUGAGGCACGUGGGUAGCAAUUUUUGCCUGGAUAGUCGAAAUGCAAAAAAUGGUGGUCUUACAGUAGAAGCAUGCAGCCCUUCCCUGUCACAGCAAUGGAAAUUCUCUCUUAAUCUUCAACAAUAGAAUAACUGAAGGGUUUGGGGGAAAGUGGGAGGGGAAAACAGAAGAUUGGGGGUGGGGGGGGUGAGCAAGCGCCAUUUCACGGACAUUGAUUUGAAUGCAUUGCAGAUAUUUGUCCAACUUUCUGCAAAACUAUAUACCUCAGUAUUCCAUCAUUUUUUGUGGAAUCAUGAGUGUGGGUGAGAGUCUUGGAGAAGAGACACAAAGAUACACCACCUUUGCACCUCUUGCUCGGUUUGGAUUGAAAUAU